GCUACCGUUGCGCUACUCCCGACGCACCGCGCCGCCCGCAGACGCAGUCACUCCGCAACCGCCUCGCUAGGGCUCCCUCGACGCUCCGCAAUGACGGCGGCCACCAUGGGAUCGGCGACCCCCGGCCGCGGCGACAUUGCGUUCGGCGCUCUCGACCUCGAGGACAUCGCCCGCGCGGCCGACGCGGACUGCAUCGGCGCGCUCGCCUGCGGCCCCGCCAGCUUCUCCUACCACCGCCUCCCCGAGCCGCGCCUCCGCCUCACCAUCCGCAAGCUAGACGAUUCCUACUUCGAUGUGCAGAUCGCGAGAUCGGCCGCGGUGUGGGAGCUCAAGGCGGCCAUCGAAGCCGUGUUCAUCGCUCUCUUUUAUGACAUGGACAAUGCUAUCACUUGGCAGCACGUGUGGAGUCAUUUCUGCUUAUGCUUCAAGGACGAGAAACUAACGGAUGACAGGGCAACAUUGCGUGCAUUUGGUAUCAAAGAUGGUGAUGAGCUUCAUUUCUCGCAGCAUCUAUCUGUGGACUACAGCCCAUGCAAGAGAUCCAAAAGCCAAAGGUCAGCAUCUCACAGAAGGUCAAGGACUUCAGUGGACGAUUUCGGUGUCAGAUCAAGGACUUUGUUGGACGAUCUCAUCGAAGAAGACGAGGCUGAGAAACUUACUACUACUAGGCAUUCUACGAGUGCUCUAGAAGAAGGUUUUGGUGUUUAUCAGCAAUAUGAGUACAUGGAGGAAGGCGGCAAGAAAGGAAGUUUCUUUAGCAAUUGGUUCUCCUACUCUAGGUUGAGGGGUAACAGGAGGACACACUCAGAGGAUGCCGCCCAAUCCUCUUGCGAAAAGAAAGCCAAUCGGCCAAAACUGGGGAAAUGGCUGUCUUCCAAAAAAUCGAAGGCCCAGAGGAAAUGAUGCCCAAAAUGCUGCCUAUCUGGCAUUUGCUAAUUUAUUUUCUGAAAUGGGGUUCUGAAAAGCAUCAGAUGACAGAUGACUACGUGCACACGACUUAGAAUAGGCCAUUAGCUAGGUGACCUUAAAUUUCAAUGUAUAUAUGUGUUUUUCACACAUUUAACCUCUGGAACUAUGUUUUGCAUAAAAGACAAUAACUGAUGCUUGACAAAAGAAGUUUGGAAACA